GUCUUGCACAGGUGUACCGGCUCCUCCCCUUCAGUCUUGCACAGGUGUACCUGCUCCUCCCCUUCAGUCUUGCACAGGUGUACCGGCUCCUCCCCUUCAGUCUUGCACAGGUGUACCGGCUCCUCCCCUUCAGUUUUGCACAGGUGUACCGGCUCCUCCCCUUCAGUCUUGCACAGGUGUACGGCUCCUCCCCUUCAGUUUGCACAGGUGUACCGGCUCCUCCCCUUCAGUCUUGCACAGGUGUAUCGGCUCCUCCCCUCCAGUCUUGCACAGGUGUACCGUACACAGCUCCUCCCCUUCAGUCUUGCACAGGUGUGUAGCGGCCCUCCCCUUCAGUCUUGCACAGAUGUACCUGCUCCUCCCCUUCAGUCUUGCACAGGUGUUCUGGCUCCUCCCCUUUCAGUCUUGCACAGGUGUACCAGCUCCUCCCCUUCAGUCUUGCACAGAUGUACCUGCUCCUCCCCUUCAGUCUUGCACAGGUGUACCUGCUCCUCCCCUUCUGUCUUGCACAGGUGUACCGGCUCCUCCCCUCCAGUCUUGCACAGGUGUAUCGGCUCCUCCCCUCCAGUCUUGCACAGGUGU